AUGGAGUUGAUUUCUUCUAUAGAAGAUGGUGAAUGUUCUAAUGAUGAGAACAUCUUGAAUUUUCUCAACGCGGUGAAGUCUGGCAACAAAGCCCGAAUACAGGAUCUCUUAAAAUCAUCAUCAUCAUCAGCAGCAGCACUAGCUCUAAUUGAGACCGAGAACAAAGAUAAUGGGGACACACCCUUGCAUGUUGCUGUAAUGUUAGGGAAUUUUAAGGUUGUAGAACUCAUCCUAGAUCACAUCAAUAAUAUUGAGAUUAUUCGUCGUCUACUACAAAAGCCAAAUAAGAAGAACAAUACGGUGUUACAUGAAGCUGUGAAGAAUGGUAACUUGGAUAUUGUUAAGCUUUUACUUGAAAAAGAUUCGAGUUUAGUUAAUUCGAAUAAUGAAGAUGGAGAAUCACCGUUGUUCUUGGCGGUCGAUAGAGAGCUUUAUGAAAUUGCUUCUCACAUUUUAAGUAAAAUUGAAUAUGUGGGAGGAAUAUUAUCGGAAGAGAAGGGUAGUUGGUCUGGAAGGAAUGGUUUAAAUGUUAUGCAUGCAGCUGUUAUUCGCAACAAGGGUCUAACCAAUAUUAAGAAACGUAAUAAGAUCAAAGGUGAUGGGAUGAUUGAGAAGCUGUUAGAAAAAUAUGGCAAUGAUAUUUUAAAAGGGAAAGAUGAUCAUGGAUGGAGUCCUCUUCAUUAUGCAGCACACUUGAAUGAGUUUGGUUUGGUGAAUAAGUUUUUGUCUAAACCCUCCUUAAUUUGUUGUGUUCAAGACAAUGAAAACAUGUCUCCUCUUCACAUUGCGGCCAAGAAUGGUUCUUUGGAAGCAUUACAGUCAUUAAAAAAUGGAUCGGGAUUAUAUAGUUACAAGAUGUUCGAGUUAUUGGACAAGAACAAGCGAACCGCUCUACAUGUUGCUGUGGAGAGUAAACACACAUUUUUGGUAGAGAGAAUGCUUUGUUUUGAAGAAAGUAAGUACAUUAUUAACUGGAAAGACAAAGAUGGAAAUACUUGCUUUCAUCUUGCUGCCUUAACUAAAAGUUCUAAAAUGGUAUUAUCAUUCAUCCUCUUCCAACGUAAGUUUACAUUACUAGACAAAGCGGCAGUUAACAAUAAAGGGAUGACGGCCAUUCAAAUCUAUUCUUAUCAUCUUGAAUCACAUUCACACCAAACGCCUUUUUGGCUAUUGACGCCAGUUUACGCCAAAGAUUUCCAAUGGUUUAAAACGAGUUUGGAAAGUGUACACAAUGUGAAUGGUGAUAAACCGAAAGAGGAAGAGACUAGGAUUGUUUCACUUGAACCUAAACAACCCAAUGGUGAAAGAGGAUCAUAUAAUUAUUUGAGCACUGAAUUUAUUAAUGUCAACUUAAUUGUGGCAACAAUCAUAGCAACCAUCACAUUUGCAGCGGGUGUCCAAAUUCCUGGUGGUUACAAUGACCAAGGCAUGGCCAUCUUACGAGAAAACCCAUCGUUCAAAAAUUUUAUCGUCUCUAACUCAUAUGGUUUCAGUUUGUCAUCAGCCUCGAUUCAUUGGAAGGUUCUUCCAAUCGAAGAUACACGUAAAAAGCACCUAGAGAAGAGAUUUGUAUUCGCCUGUGCCGGAACCGACGAGAACUCCGGCGAUAACUACGAACAGUGA